AUGAAGAUUUUCGGGAACAUUGAACAAAGAUGGAAGAAUGACGAUUUCAGAGAUGAUUGGAAUACAGAAAAAUCGGCAUUAGAAUCUAUUAAAGCGAGUUACAAUUUUCAAAGAGCUACAACUACAAAGUCUCUUCGUAUUCCUUAUCAUUAUUCAGCCGAAUAUAAAACAAUUAUAUCCUCAGGUAUCGUUUGCAAAAAGGGAUUGAUUACGAUGUAUCUCAAGAUUAAAACUGGGGAAAAUUGA